AUGGACAUAAACCUAAGACUUGGCAAACAUCUGACAGUCCUUGUCAUUUGCUUUUUUCUAAAGCAAAUAACUUGCACAGAUGUAGAGGAAAUUUCCGCUAACACCCUUGAAGAGGACCAUGUUGUUCAAAAACGAGACACUGAUGUAUCCAAUGCUGAAAAUAUAUACAACAGAUAUGAAGCGACUUUCAAGUCGGAGGCUACCUACUAUGGCGUUUAUCCCGGAGGUGGCGCAUGCUCCUUGGAUCCACUCUCUCCAAUGUCCUCGCAGCCUGGCUGGAUACGAGUAGCGGCCGGUGCAUAUGACUUCCAGAACUCCCUUGGCUGUGGAAUGUGCGUGGAAAUCAAAGGCUCAGGGAUAGGAAGUGGGUCAGAUCCUGUCACUGGAGUCAUAAAAGCCGUUGUUCAUGAUCUGUGUGGCGGAUGUGGAAAAGGUGGCUAUGACCUGUACAUCCCGGGUGACGGCAGAUGGGAGAUCGAAACAAAAGCCAUUGACUGUCCCACUGUCCCGGGAAAGAAUGGGAACAUUAUGUUUCGAUUCACUGAAAAUAACCCUUGGUAUGUUAAACUUCAAGCUAGAAACACCAAGGUUCCAGUUGCUGGGAUGGAAAUUUUAAAGAACGGAAAAUAUUCUUGUCUGAAACGGACAAGUGACAACCACUUUGUGGGAGAUGGCCUGGGUAAAGUGGAUUUUCCCAUGACUGUACGAGUGACGGCGGUGACGGGAGAGCAGCGGGAAGCUGUCUUACAGUCUAUGCAAAACGAUAAUAAUAUAAUGAGUAAUGUGCAGUUUUCUGGAUCUGGAGCUGGAGCCGGCCCAUCAAGUAUCAAAUGCGCGGGUCAAGGAAACAAACCACCGUAUCCCUCGGGGGGGAUGGUUCCAGGUGAAGGCAGUGGUCCAAGCUCCCCUCAGCCACCCCCUCGCCCUCCACCUCCACCCCCACCCUCCCCUCUCCCAUCACCAUCCACAGGGGGAGGAGGUGUCACAGCCCCUGGCACAGCUUCUGGGGGAGGAGCAGCUGGUUCAGACUUCUGUGCAAAUCGAAAAAGUGGUACGUACCCAGACCCUGACGACUGCGCGGGGUUCAUCAUCUGCAACAUCGGUAAAGCCCACCGUCAGAAGUGCUCCCCUCCCCAGCUCCUCCGUGCCGAUACAAUGAACUGUGAUCUACCAGAAAGGGUGGACUGUGGAACCAGGCCUAGGCGAUAUUGA